AUGUGGAACAUCAUACAUCUUAUUCUCGUAUUGGCUCUACUUACAAAGGAUGUUCAAUGUCCAGGUGGUGGUGGUGGCGGAGGAGGAGGUGGUGGUGGUGGAGGUGGAGGUGGUAGUCGUGGUGGUGUAGCAAAGCUAUGCCUUUCCAGUGGAUGUUCAGCUACUGACUUGGUUUUGUCUUUACUUUAUGUAACCUUUGUCGUGAGUGUAUUUAUGUGUGGGUUUUGUGGAUGCUAUCGUAUAUGCACUGCUGGUAGACCAUCACAAGUGAAUACUGAUUUUAUUCGUCGAGAUUCUUUAAAAUAUCACAACUAUGAACGAUUUCCAUUCCAAACCGGCACCUGGUCUUUUCGAUACAUUCAAUAUGGGAAAUGGCAUGGACCUUAUCGAAUGACACUCACAUUUGAUUCCUAUUUAGGCGAAAUCACUGGUCAAGGAACAGAUGAUGUCGGUGAUUUUACUAUCGAUGGUAUUUUUUCUUCGAAAAAUCUUCGACUAGCACUAACACAGAGUUAUCUAGAAGGAACAGGAAAUCCAAACGAGAAUCUCGGUCAUAAAUCGAUUAUACAAUUGACUUGGAAUUCAGAUGAAGAUCAAUUUAAAGGAAAAUGGUAUGUUCGAACAUACAAAUAUAGUGGAAAUGGUUUGUUUGAAUUGAAAUUAGAAACAUCUUCAGAAUCUUUGCUGAACAAAAAUACUGAAUGCUAA